AUGGCCUCAUUUGAUGGUUAUAUUAGUGCACCAACAUUUGAAGAUGGUCCAAGAGUUCCAUGGCAGUUAGAUAGCACGGACCCAUAUGUGGAAAAUUUGGACGAGCUAUUAGUGGGAUGCAUGACUCCACAUGAAAUUGAAGAUAGCAUUGAAAUCAUCGCAGGCGAGGUUGCUCACGGUGAUAAAUCUCAACCGUAUGUUGGCAUGGAGUUUUCAACACCUGAGGAGGCAUACACUUUCUACAAUGAUUAUGCAUACCGUGUCGGUUUUAGUGUGCGGAAAUCCUCUAAGACGAAAAAUAGGGACGGUGUAUCGUCAGUUAGAUUUGUGUGUAACAAGGAAGGGUUUUCAGAUAGUCAGAAAAAGAAGGAAAAGCCCAUUGGAAGUGUGAAUGAUCAGAGGACGCCUAAGAAGGAGAAAGGGAUGACAAGGACAGGCUGCAAGGCCUCCUGCAGAAUUAGACUUUAUAAAAGUGGUGUUUGGCGCAUAAGUGUGUUUGAAGAGAAUCACAACCAUGUUGUUAUCAAGAGCCCAUCGAAGAAGCGAAAUCUGAGAUCCCAUAAAUGUUUGUCAGAGGAGGAUAAGAAGAUUAUACGUAACUUGAGUGCUCAAAAUAUGAAGCCUUCACAGAUUUUGGAAUAUUUGGCUGUCCAAUAUGGGGGUAAGCAAAACAUCAGAUUCAAAAAGAAGGAUGUUAGCAAUGAGGUAUCAGCUGAAAAUCGUAGUCUCCUUGGUGUUGAUGUUGAUACGACAUUGUGUUACUUUCAGAAGAAGAAGGAGAAGGAUCCAGAGUUCUUUCAUGCGAUAGACUUAGAUGAGAAUGGUGCUGUUAAGAAUAUUUUUUGGGUUGAUGGCCGAGGUAGAAGGUCGUAUCAGGAGUUCGGGGAUGUUGUCACUUUUGAUACAACAUAUCAAACCAAUAUUUACAGCAUGCCGUUGGCACCAUUCCUCGGUGUAAGCCACCACCGACAUACAAUUUCCUUUGGUUGGGCUCUUCUUAGGCUAGAGGAUGCACCAAAUUUCUGUUGGUUGUUUAAGACAUGGUUAGAGGCAAUGUAUGGGAAGCACCCAAGUGCAAUAAUAACUGACCAAGAUCCAGCAAUGAAAAAAGCUAUUGUGCUUAUUUUUCCAAAAACUAAACAUCGAUGUUGUCAGUGGCAUGUGAUGAGGAAGGCAAGAGAUCACCUUGGUCUAUUGUACAGCCAAAUGGAGGGUUUCAAAGAAGAAUUACAAGCUGUUAUUAACCGAAGCCUCACUGUUGUAGCAUUUGAAAGGGAUUGGGAAGCCAUGCUAGUGAAAUUUAAAUUAACUGACAAUAGCCAUCUCAAGCUGAUGUUUAGCACUCGGACACAAUGGGUCCCAGCCUACUUUAGAGACACGUUUUUUGCUAAUAUGUCAACUACACAACGUAGUGAAAGUAUGAAUGCUAUUCUCAAGUUGUGGGUGGACAGCCAUAAAUCGAUUUACCAGUUUGUGAAGCAAAUUGAGAAGUUGACCGAUGGCAUAUGGCAAAGAGAAAGCGACGAGGAUCUCAAGUCUAUGAAUGAGCAACCACACUUGUAUUCACCCUACCAAAUGGAGAUUGAGGCACGCAUGAUAAUUAUUGAUGGCAUGGCGAAGUUGAUGACCAUGGAAGAUGCAAAGUUAAUGUCUAUGGGACAAACCAUAGUGACAGUUGAUCCGCCAGAAGAUGGAACGAAGGAGGUGUCAAGCAAACCUUUGUAUAUUGAUCCACCAGACGCACAAUGCAAGGGCAAGAGGAAGAAACUUACCAGAUUCCAGCCUCCUGCUGACAAGAAGGAAAGAAAAAUGAGAACUUGUAGUAUCUGCAAUGCAAAAAAAGGCCACAAUGCUAGGACUUGCCCACAGAGACUAAAAGGAUUUGGACAAAAUAAGGAAGCAAAGACAGUGAAUAUAGUGAAGAUAGCGAAGACGAAGUUGAGGAAGGGGAUUGAGUUCAACAGAAAAUGA